UAUAUAUGUACAUGGCCGGUGCCAACUCUCAUAAUAUCUAUUACUUGGUCUGUGUAUUUAAACAAAAUACAUAUAAUAUUUUUAUAAGGCAUCGAUGAUUCUAUUACCAUUAUUUAUUUAUAAAAAGAUUUCUAUUAAAUUUUUACUACAAUUAUUCGAACAGAAUGUCACAUGGACAUUGUCAUGAUGGAGAUCACGAUCAUGAACAUGGUCAUGGAAGUUCUGAAGAUAUUGGUUUGCAUUACAAUUUAUUUGAAAAGAUAGAUAAAGAAAAUUUGGAAUGUUUAAACGAAACUGUGGAUGGUUCUGGAAAAUUGGUAUUUAAGUCAUGGGAGAGGAGACUUGAUAGGAUAGAGUUUGUCGAGAGCGAUGCAGAUGAAGAACUUUUGUUUAAUAUACCUUUCACAGGAAAUGUGAAACUCAAAGGCAUAAGAAUAGCAUCAGAAGACACUGAUUGUCACCCAAAUAAAUUACGAUUGUACAAAAAUAAACCAAAUAUGACUUUUGAUGAUGUGUCAAUGGAACCUGAUCAAGUUUUCGAUCUCCAGAAAGACUGUGAGGGACUUCUUGAAUAUAAUCCAAAGAUUGUCACUUUUUCUUCGGUGAGUCAUUUAACUAUGCACUUUCCUAGUAAUUUUGGUGCAGAAAACACAAAGAUAUAUUAUAUAGGAUUGAAGGGAGAAUGGACACCAGGUCACAAGCAUGGAGUCACUAUUUGUACAUACGAAGCAAGACCAAACAUUGAUGACCAUAAAUUAAAACAUCUGGAUUCUGUUACUAAAACUAUCGAUUAAAAUAUACAUAAUAAAUAAAAUUUUUAAAUUGUGUA